CAGUGACGCAAGUGACAACGUUAUGGUGAACUUCACCUUAGUUUUCUUCAAAGGAAAUAAGACUGUUGAUGAGCUUCAUCAGGUCCUAGAAAAAUCCGUGGAAAAUGGCAGUGUUUAUUCGUUACCAGUGCAGAGAGGCACGCUCCGGCUAACUCUAAUAAGUGAGUUCACCAUUCUUUGUUGUACAGAGUGCUGUCCGAUCAAUUACUGUAAAACCAAAACCUAAGUACCACCGUAACAAGUCGUAGUAAGGCUAAAUAUCACAAGUAUCAGUGAGGCACUUAACUGAACACAUGUAAAGGACGCGGGAAAAGCUUCUGUCAAAGUUUAGGCUCUAUUUUUAAACUGAUUUAUUUCAUUUGAGUGAUUUUCACGCUCUCUAUAUAAAAGCAUAAAAAUCAGGCCUGGGAAAGUAACGGGAGACGCCGAAUUUUCAAGGAAUGAAGUUGAAUGAAUCCGGGGCUGAUGGUCAGGCCUAAAUCGCAUCCGGCAUUAAUGCCAUCAAUACAAUGUAUUAUUUGUUAGAAAAUGAUCCUCUGUUUCUUCUCCGUUAUACCUUAGCGACUCCAGCACCUGCUACAGCUGUUCCACCGGCUGUAGCCGCACGGAGCAAGAAAAUUGAACCGUGGAUUAUUGUCGUGGUUGCAUCUAUUGGUGGACUGCUGUUCUUGGUGCUGGUUUGCGCCAUUAUCGCCUGCUGUGGCAGGAGGAGGAAGAAGAAAAAAGGUGAGAAACGGAGUGCGCAGGCUGUACCCAGCAAUGGUACAUGUGGUACAUGUAAUGAAAAGACUAUUACCAGAACUAUACCAUUUGUGUCAAACAAUAUCACAAAGAGACGUAGGUAAGAUGUUAGUGAACAGUGCCACUUUAUCAUAGUGUGUUCUUCUGGAAUGGUGAGAGAGCUUAAUUAGCAACCACUUAGCUAACAUAAGAAAAAUGUAAGGUUGCCUGUUGGAACGUGGAAGGUAUGAAAUUACUGAUAAUCACGUUUAUGUUUUUGACCACUGGACAUCUUAAUAACGGUGCGGAAUGUAUGCUGAAAAAUUCUAGAACUUCAGUGGCUCACUGUUCAUGCGGUUUUGUCUUCCUACCCUCUUUGUAAGAAUUUUUUUUAAACUUUUGAACAGUAUUUUUAUUAGUUUAUAUCUCGUCUAUUUUCUCGCUAAAGGACAAUUUUGACUCGUAUGCAAUAAACUUUGGUAAAGUGAUGGUUGAUUUUACUCUUUCGUAAGGCGUUAUUACUAUUGAAAACACAGUGUUUUAAGUAGCUACUUCAAGGCUACUUGAUGCAACAUAUAUAUGCUUAUGAAUUUCCCACAUUAUUCUGAAAAGUGUUUGUGUCAUGACAGUUUUAAUCUUUGUUCCUCCAUAGAUGUAUCCCAAGGAUACGAAGAGCACACGUGAGUUGUACGCUUGACUUCUUAAUUAAUUGGACAUUCUCUUUUGGGAAAGUUGUUAUAAGCACUGGAAAACAAACAUCGAAAUAGGCAUGUGUUUCAGGUAUAAACGCAACCAUGAGAUCAUCCAGGUGUGAUUGCUUCAAACGCUUAUGGUUAAAUACCCGAAAUGUUAUCAGUGAAAUUUGCUACAAUGCACUGUUGUAAGAACAUAACGAUUUUGAUGUUACAACAGAUCUGUAUGGCAAAGAACGAGUUCUAGAUAUUAGUGUUGUUUUGGUGCUCAGUGUGUUUUCAUCGUCUCUGUUGGCAGUGGAAAGUGGAUUGAUCUGCCUCAUGGUGAAAACGGAAAUAAGUCAUCAAAAGAGGAGUAUGCAGUGACCAAUUCUGUGGCUUACAUGGAGGGUGGACCUUACCAGGUGCGAAAACCAGCGAAUGAUUACUUUGUUAAUAGAAGUGCCUGUGCUGAAAUAGUACCAAUAACACAACUAGGGACAAGAAAUCUCUAGCUCUGUAGUUCCCAAUCUCUCCUGGUUAAUUUGUUAUUCGGAUGAAAAUAUCAACAUGUGACGUCACCUUUAACAGUUUGGGUCUUGAUUGUAAUCGAUGUAACUGAGGACUAUGCAAGGGGUGAUCUUUUUCAAAGGUAGAUAGCCGAAGCGGCCUCGUGCUCUCAUUUGUUUCUCGAUAUUUGGAUACCACGAUUAAACCCUCGCACUCGUUUUUUAUAUACUGUGUAUCGAUGGGACAGUCGAGCGUUCUCUUCGGAGGAGCCAUCCACUCUCUGGAAAACUGCGACUCUUUGUUGGUCAGUGGCAUGUAUUUGACCCAAAUUGUUAUGGUGGCAAUGCACAUGAUGAGUACCCUUCCUAUGUUAACAAAACGGCUGUUGUUACAUUUAAUCCACGAAACAUGGACGUAAUCGCGAUGAGGACUUUUAUUGCAACACGUCUUUACACCUCACUUGGGGCACAACUUGAAUCGAUAACUAAUGCUGUCAGUUAAAUCUUUUGUACUUGGUUGAGAGCGUUUUUAAUGUGUGGAUUAUUUGAUUGAACUGUGAAUGGUAUUUCUGUAGGAACGCGCUGUUGAAGAGAAAGAACCCGAGAGCAAUGGUGAGUUAAACGUAGGUCAUUUAGUUUACCGAUAACGAAAGUCAUUGAAGGCGUUCUCUGCGCAUAAAAACACCGAAAUGAACAAGUUCCUUGUUAAGGCUGCAAAAAUAACGGGGUUGAAGUGAAGUCCCUGUUCUUGGUCACGAAAUGCAGGUGACAAUUUAAGGUCUGGGUACCAGGAAAAAAAAAUGAUUGAAAUGGAUGUAGAUGUUCCCUGUUUGAAUACAAACAAAAUGUACUGACAAGAAGUUAAACUCAAGUGACGGAACUGCUAUGUUUUCAGGCAACAACACCCAUAUGUAGCGUGGGAUUCAGGAAAGGAAGGAACGACAAGGACAGGAAACCAAGAACAAGAACAAGAACAAGAACCAUUUAAAGCACAAGCUAACUUUUUAAUGAAAUUUACGCUGACGUGAUGUUUGAUAUAUACUUCGACAGCGAAAUUGAAAGUGGUUUCUUGAGGAGAUAUGUCUUGUCUUAUUAUCGUCUUGUUUUGGAUUUCAAAAGGACAGCUUCCUGUUUUUAUAAGCUUGCCAACCGGGUGUUCAAAAUCUCCCAUCAUUUUUAUACUCGUGCGACUCAAACUACUUUUAAGUCGAGUUCGUUGCAUUUAUUCCCAUAAUGAAUCUUGGGUUAUAAAAUUGUUCAUGCAAUUUAAUUUUGUCUUAUUAUCGUCUUGUUUUGGAUUUCAAAAGGACAGCUUCCUGUUUUUAUAAGCUUGCCAACCGGGUGUUCAAAAUCUCCCAUCAUUUUUAUACUCGUGCGACUCAAACUACUUUUAAGUCGAGUUCGUUGCAUUUAUUCCCAUAAUGAAUCUUGGGUUAUAAAAUUGUUCAUGCAAUUUAAUUUUGUCUUAUUAUCGUCUUGUUUUGGAUUUCAAAAGGACAGCUUCCUGUUUUUAUAAGCUUGCCAACCGGGUGUUCAAAAUCUCCCAUCAUUUUUAUACUUUAUACUUUUAUACUUUUAAGUCGAGUUCGUUGCAUAUAUUCCCAUAAUGAAUCUUGGGUUAUAAAAUUGUUCAUGCAAUUUAAAAAGUAAAGAGGAUGAAGCCACUAGAACCUCAUCCUCACCCACAUUGAAGCUUAGAUUGCACAAGAAAACGUAAAUGUUUUUCUGCAGAAUGCAGCUGGUUUGCAUGAAAUUAUUCACCAAUAUUUAUUGCACAUCCAUUUAAUCAGUUUUUUUUAUAUUAAUUUAAGCUGUUUUUGUUACUCUGCUCACUGAAACUUUGAAAUAAAAUCGCGUAC